GAGUAUAUUAUGCUCAUGUUCGAACUGAACCAGAUUGGCAUAUUUCAAGAUGAAAUUGUCUUUUCUUCAAUAUAAACCGCUUUAUUUGCAAUGAUUUCCAUUGGAGAAGUUAACAAACGUUCUGCAAAAAAUAACAUUGUUCUUAAACUUCCAGAAAGACUGACAAAUCCGUCAAACAGAGAAAGAUUGAAAAAGGAAUUGUUAAGAUGCCUCUAUUAUCGUUCAUGGGGCUAUAUUUCAGAACCUCAGAUUCCUAUGUACACAGGCGUUUUUUCAUUGGCGUUUUCGAGAAAAGGAAAUCCUUUGUUAAUAGGCUUUGACCAAGGAGAGAUAAGGGGUUUUGACGUAACCUCCAAUAAACAAAUAUGGGAUAAUGUUGAUAUGCAUAACUGUGGUGUUAACUGUUUGGAAUUCAUAAAUGAUUAUCAGUUCGUAAGUGGAUCCGAUGAUACUGUUGUUAAACUUUGGGAUUUACGUAAAUUGGAUUAUUCUAUACAGAAUCUUUACGAUAUGGAUGAAUGGGUUCAGGAUGUUAGCUUUUCUUUCGGUCAAAAACUUCUAAUAACGAAUGGAAUUGGAAGUGGAUUCUUUGUUUACCAAUUAGUGGAUGGUAGAUUUGAAUUGGUGGCUGUUUGUAAAAAUGAUAAACCUAUUUAUAGAGCAAAGUUAAUUGACUCAAACGAUGGUAUGAUGGUUUAUAGUAAUUGGGGAGACUCCAAAGCCUAUAUAGUGCACAAUUUUUAUCGUCUUAUUCGUGAAAGAUCGAAUCAUACUCCUCCUUCAGAACUGCAUUUAAAAGAAGAGAUUUCUUGUAAAUUGGAAGGUUUAGCAGAUUGUAUUAUAAGUUCUAUUGCCGUUCAUCCGUUUGAAAGACGUUUUGCUAUGAGAGGUACAACAGCAGGACGAAAAAAACGACAUAUGAAAUCCUAUACAUUUAUUUUUGAUGCUAAUCGGGUAUCAGAAUCUUGUGAACCAACUUGUACUCAUCAAGAAUCGUCUAAAACUCGUAAUUUUACAAAAGAAAUGAGUUUUUCAUUCGACGGCUAUGCUUUAUCGUCACCGAAUCGUAGUUCAGUUAGACUGCUGGGUCUAAUUAAUAAUCCGAUGUCUAAGAAUCGUCUGCAAGUGCUAAAUGAAGUAAAAGGUUCUAAUUCAGCCGAUUCAGCAAUUGUUACCCGUUUUUCGCCAGUUGAACCACUAUUGGCAGUUGGGUGGUUAAGUGGUUCCAUUAAAUUGUUUAAACCAUCAUAG